GAAUCAAUUGGUUAUAAAAAGGGAAGAGUGUAGUCGCCAGUACAUUCAGUUACAAAAUGACACAAACGAGGAUAUACGCGACGUUUGGUGUUUUAUUAUUGAUCACAAUUGUUAUAUCAAAAGAAACUAAUGGAAGGACAUCACAUGUUGGAAGAUCCAAUAUGCCAAAUAUUUAUGAUAUUUUAUCACUUAUCUACAGACUUUGUUCCGUUAACGAGGGUGUUACUUAUUCCAAUUUGGAGUGUCUAGAUCAACAUAUGAAAACAGAAGUAGCAAAGAAACUUAACAACUGUUUUGCAAGGACCAAAUCGGAAGAUUCGGGUAUUUUUGGAUCUACUCCACCAGAUAAAAACGAAACAGACGAAAUAAAAAAUGACACAAAUGACAAAAGACAUCAAAAAACAAACGUUGAUUACAUAUGCGAACAAUUCACUAAAGUAUCACAAUGGUCAGCAAAACACCCCAAACCUCCAGAUGCAUUAACUAAAAUAAUCGGUUUGGGUGCAGUAGGCAGAAUGAUAUGCGUAAUGGGAAUCGUCCAAAGGCCAUUAGACGCUUGGGAAAAUGCAUUCUCGGAAUGUUUCCCACAAGAACCUAAAGGAAAGCACGAGAUACAAAAAUCGUACAACGAAUAAAUAUUCCAGUAUGUAAUCAAUGUAAAUACCCAUUCAUCCACGUCUGUUUAUUCAUUGAAAAAUACCAUCGGAAAUAUACUUUGAUACCAAAUAAUUAUUAAAAAAUUUUGUUUGAACGUAAUUUUAACUGUGCAUAAAAUAUAUGUUACUUGUUAUAUUACAUUAUUUAUAAUCAUUUUGUAAUAAUCGCGUAAUUACUAAAACUUGAUUAAAAAUUACAGAUUAUCUUUUAACCUUUAAUCAAACUAAUUAUUUUCGUUACUCUGCAUCUACUCUUUAAAAAGUAUAAUCUACUCUGUACUCUGUAAAGUAUAAAAUAUACGAAAUGUAAAUUGUAUUCAUUCUCAUCUAUAUAAAAUAUAAAAAUUAAAAUGUUUUGAAAUGCAUUUAAUG